AUGAAUCUGGUGUUCCUUGUUGUAGCCCUGGCCGCAGUGGGUCACCAGGCCCACGUCAAGGCCUCACCUCCAAACAAUGAUGGCUCAGCUGCCUACAGUAUUGCUAACGAAAAGGCUGGUGUUUUUGGAGCCCAUUCCUUUUCCCUUGAGAAACAUGUUCAACAUCGGUCCGGCACCCGUCUCUGGAAGGGGUCGUCCUUGGGUUUGGUUAUGACCAUCCCAGUACUUACGGUGGUGUUCCUCCUGUUUUUCUGUUUUAUGCGCUUGAAUAAGAACAAUGGUCAUUCAAUAUCGACGCAAAGUAGGCGCCUUUCCUCUGAGAGGUUGAGCCCAUGCAGCCCGGAUGGAGGGGCUGAAGGUGAACUUUAUCCUUCAAGCCCAGGAAGCGGGCUCAACUCUUCCCAUGACAAGCAGCUGAAAAAGUUGCAACUCUCAGUUUUGGAUUCAGAGGCUUUGACUACAGAGGAAAUAGCAUCGAUAGAAGAGGCGGGGAGGGUUUUACAGCGUGUUUUGGACGAGGCUGAAGGGCUUGAAAUACAGCUGGCUUCUCUACAUUCUUCAUACAUGCAGCAUAAAAAGAUGAUGCAGCAAACACUAGAACGCAAAGGCCCUGAAACAAUUAGUGAACGGAAGAAGUUGGAGAGCAGGCUUAAUGAGAUACGGAAUAGGAUCGAGAUGGUCAAGGGCAGUUUGCACUGGAGAAAGCAAAAGUCCCGCUCCAUGAUCUGGACAGAACAACAAGAAUUGGGGGAACUGUUGUUGCGGGCGAAGUAUUUUGCCAGUGGAAGGAAGCUCACUCCAGCCGCAGCUGCUGCGCUAGUAUCGCGCGAUAUUGUCUUCGGAUAUAAAGCAACGGAGGUGUUCGACGAUGCAGCUAGGUUCGCUCUAGGGGCUAUGGUAAAGCGCCUAACCGAUGAGGGAAGAGCCUGUGAAGAGCUCCUCGCUGCAGAAGACAGAUUCCUCUCAAAAGAAGAAGAACAACGUGUGCGGCGUGCUUUGGGUGAGUUAGAUACUAUGAUGACCCAGCUUUGCCUUCUGGAGUCAGCGUAUGGACCUUCAGGUCACCGGCAGCCAAUUCUUGAGAUCCGUCAAAAACUGGAGAGGCUAGAGGGAAAACUCACGCAACAACCAAAGCCCCACAUGCCAGCAAGUCGCAAGGUCGUGAAACCAACUGGUGGUAGCUUACUUCAUGGUGAAAUGAGACAGACGCUAAAUCCAUUGGCCACUGCUGCACGCUCAAGAUGGAGCAUUGCCGGGGGAUAUGCUUUAGGCGGCCGCCAGCCGUCAAGAAUGUCUAUGCCCAGCCUCAGCGGCUCUUCCGGUUCUCAAUCUGUCCGUGUGCCAGCUCUGGGUACCCGUGGUAGGAGGGCAUCUGUGGCCGCGUAUGGUACGCUUCCCCGAGGAAGCACUGCUCUCCCAAGCUUGCCGGCAAUGUGGUCACAAAACCAGCUCGACACAAGACGGGCUCCGUCUUUAUCAAUGCCCCUUCAGCACCAACGUACGGUCACCAGGGGGGAAGAUUCAGGUACAUCGGCGUUCGCCGAACAAUUCCUCCAACUUCUAGCUCAGCAACGCCCAUUAGCAUCCUCCAACCAACAAGCUGUUGUUCCACCUGCACCACAAUAUAAGCUUCAUGCCGAAUCGCUCUCUCCUACUCGCUCAUUUACACCGUCCAGCCAAGGGGCGUUUGCUAAGCCUGCGCUCGUAAGCAGCCCCUAUUCCGAAUAUGGCACUCCAUCACCCCAAACCUUCCCCGAGCAACAUGCUGCUAUUCCACGUCCUCAAUUAGCUAAGCAGCAAGCCAUUUAUGGCACUCUUCCCCGCCAACCUGUCCCAAGGCAACAGGCUGCUGAUCUACCUGAGCCACCAUCCCCGAUAGGUUACAGGUCUAGGUCUUCUUCACGCCGAUCGCUCCACAAGCCUCAGCUAGGUGUUAUACCUGAGGAACCAAUUCAGUUAUACUCCGACUAUGGCACACUUCCACGCCAUACUACUUUCCGCAGCCGACUGCCUGAUGAUCAAUACCCGGAGAAUCAUGCAUCAUCUCAAGCACAUAUUCGACUACCUAUAACGGAUCACCAGCAACGUCUCGACCCUCCUUCAUCUCUUCAGCAGCCCGCACACCAACUCCAGCCUCAGGAAGCUGAGGAGGUUUCAGCCCAGACAUCCCCUCAGUCUCUUCCGCAACAGCAUCAUGACCCAUCAUCAUCUCCUCUGCAGUCCGUACACGAACGUCAGCCUCUAUAUGAGGAGAUUCCAGCUGUUAUAUCCUCGCAGUCUGCGCAGCAUACUACCCAUAUCCCACUGACUCCUGAACAGCCGACGCAGCCCUCUACAGCUUCCCUUUCCGCAGCCACGUCUCCCAAGACACCUGAUGAUAUGAAAGAAUCCGGAAAGUCUUCUGGAAAGAAGAAGCAGAGUAAACAGUCUAAGUCUUCUAAGGGUGGAGAGCACCGACCGGAGCUUGGGGCUGAUGAUCGUCCCUCUUCCAAGAGUAAGAAGUCCUGGCUUCUCGGCUGGAAACGGAAGGGGAAGAAAAGGCCUCACCUUGAACUUCCUUCUCCUCCAUCAGCUGCACUAUCCCAAGGGCCUUUACGGCCGAUUGCAGAUCCACCCACGUCUACUCCUGUAGCCAUGCCUUCACAAAGGAUCGAAUCGCACCCUCCAGCUGCGUCUGAAGCUCCUUUCCCCCCUGUCCAACGGGUGCAUGAGCAUUCGUCUCCACUUCCUUCUCCCGCGUCCUCUGCUAGUCCCUCCGAAGCAAUGAAAACAGAGCUGCACUCUAAGCCUGCUUCCUCACUAUAUCUGAAUCGCCCGGCCCUGUCGGCAUCUGCAGAGCCGUCGCCCUCAAAACACGAAGGACCAUCGUCACAAGAGCCGAAUGCUUCUGCUACAGGCCCUACGGAAGCAAAUGACGAAAGUCCCGAAUGGGCUCUGGCGUCGGGCCCGUCGCUGGAAAUAUUGAAGCCAGACCAUAUUGAAGAGGUGGACGCACUUCUGCCCGUUGCUUCACAGCCGUUGCCACAAGACGAAUUGGAACUCCCAGCAAGCCCUGCAGAAACGAAUGCCGAAAGCCCCGACUGGACUUUGCCGUCGACCCCCUCGUUGGAAUCAUUGCAACAAGACCAUAAUGGAGAGUUGAACGCACUACUGCCCGUUUCUUCACAGCAGUGGACACAAGACGAAUUGGAAAUUCCAACAGAAGUCACGGCAGCUUCAGAUGCCGAGCUACACACUCUGCCAGUGGACACUCCCCACCUCUCAGCAUCCAGCUCGACGGCGGCAGUGAGUGCCGAUGAUUACUGGGUCCUUCUCCCAAAAAGUGUAGUUGAGUCUGGUGGAAUGGGCAAUACACCAGCAGAUGGCGUCCCUGCAAAAGAUACACCCCCGCCUUCUCUGGAGGACAUGCAGCGGCAACACGGGGAUUCUCCUGUGCUACCAAGAGAACCCAUUCCACCAACUGGACCCCACUCUACACCACCUGGAGAGGGGCCUACCACACCAGAGCAUCUUCCGUCUCCAAAGGACAAACUGUCUGACGAAACCUCUUCUGCUACAGAGGAGGAAGUUAAGAAGCUGACAGAACGGAUUGAGGAAUUUGCAAAGCGCGCCGAGCAGGUGGCAGAGUCGGUUAAGCAGAGAUCCGACUCCUUAAAGGAAUCGGAAGAGCUCUACUUUAGAGGAAAUGCUCUGGUAAAAAGUGCUUCGAAGGCUAUCACUUCGUCAUUCGUGGACACCGACAUUGCUGGAAAAAUUCAGCAUCUGGUUGAGCACUGCAAAAGUUUAUGUUCAAACUUCCAAGAGAGCAGUAGAAUGUGGAGACAGAAGAUGUCUGAACUUGAUGACGCUCUGGCCUCCAAGGUGAAAGACUUGCAAAAUUACCGGCAGACAGCGGCCACGACGCUUCCACAGUGGGAUGUUCUAGAAAAUCUGGAGAGUCUGCAGGCCGGUCUUAAAGAAGCACGUUCAUUGUUGAAGGAUCUGUCUACCCUCGGACAAAAUUUUGCAAAGCGUCUCGACCUCCACUCGCUUCUUCAGCAUGCUGGUGAAACCAUUCAUUCUGCAGAGGCAGAGCUGUUUUCGGUAGCUGGAUUAUGCGCUUCUAAGUACGCUAAAGCACUUCGCGAAGGCAGACAGGAUGGUUCCGACAGUUUCUUGUCAGCAGGGCAAAUGGGCGAUAAAGAUAAUCUAAGAGUGAUGGCAACCUCCUUUCACACUCGGUUGAGGCUAUUAGGCUUGGCCAGAAGUGAACUUCAAGAACUCAAAGCGGCGAUAAAGAAUAGGCAAGACACGCACAGCACUCGUUGA